GUUAACCAUCUUGGCUUCCCUCUCUUGGCACUCUUGGCGCUAGGGUUUGAUUGCUCUCCUCCGCUGCGACGAGCGACAGGCGGCCGCUCGGAUCGAUUCUCCUUUGAUCCCUUUCAUCUUUGUGUGGAUCAUCGCCUGUUCUUGGCUGCUGUGUGACUGUGUGAUUGAAAGGUCGUGGCUUUUGGUGUGAUCUUGCCUGUUCUUGCUGCAAUAUUUCGCUGUUGCAUGCUUGUGUGCUCGACUGUUUAACGUGGCAUCCUCCAGCAGCGAUCGAAGCGCGCCGGUUCCAGGUUGGUUGGAUUGCUAGAAAUUUUCAGGCUAGAUCAUAGGCUAGUGAUGAGCCCCGUGGAUGCGCGUGACCGCCUCUCUCGGCGGCGCGAGGCGAUGAGACGCAAGGCGGCAGAGGCGACAAUGAAGGCCGCCUCGCACAAGAUCCAUCCCAAGGCGCACUGCUUACAGGAGAGCGCCAGCGCCAUCUUUGAGGGUCUCAUUUGCCCGUGCAAGGAGAAUUUGAUCCAUCCAGUCCAGGACAUUCCAUCCAAUCGUCUCAUAGCUCGUGUGGUGAGGCCGGGGAUGAUCCUCUUUCUCUUUGAGCAAUCCUUGGGGCGGCUCUACGGUGUCUAUCAGGUGGGAGCUUCCAAAUACGAUGAAAAGAUUUCUCUUCACGUUCAACAGCGCUAUUUGCCGCUCGAAGGCGUGGAGCUUGAAAACUUCUUCUUAAACAAUGAUAUAAAGCCGCAUGUUGGUCCAGAAGUCCUAACUUCGUCACAGGUCUCGCGUCUCAUAGAUAUGUUUGUCAAGCGUGCCGAGGCCGAAUCACGUCUUUAUAGUAAUGGAGCUUUUGUAGCGGAACACAUGUAUAAGGAUCCUUACGCGCGACUGAAUCCUUACGCCUUCUUCUGUCCUUACCCGGAGGACGUGCACGUAGUUGAGAACCACGGCGGUGAUGGUGGUUACGUCCACGAGCUCGAUGAGCCUGCUCACGUCGGAAUUCCUUACGCUCAGAUGGCACCAACUGCAGUGCCUCACAGUCACUCUAUGACUUCUGGCUGGAAUUGUUCACCGAUCAAUUCAACGCCGUAUGUCACCCAUCCGAUGAAGAACCAGGGAAGGAUGGCUGAUUCAACUCCAGUACAAGUCACUGGCUACCCGAGGCAAGCGCAUCUUGCUCGCAGCUCUGGAUCUGCUUUUUUCAGCCCUGUAGCACACUUGGACCAUGGCAACUUGGACGGGACGACAGCAGUAAGCCAAGCUGGCUACGGACAGCCGCCUCCGUAUAGAGCUCACCAUCACCAUCCUGCGGAGGUCAGCUACCAGCCCGCUAUUCCAGAGGCUAGUGCCAAAGGAUACGAGGAUUCUCCUGCUGCUGCUGCUCAGGCUAGUAGGAACACCAAUGUCUUCCAUCAGGUUGAGGGGACACAAAACAGAGCUCCGAAGCAGGUUUCGAAGCUUCCGAAGUCCCUUAACCAGCAUCCACGACAACAAAGAGUCAACUUGGCUUCGAACGGGCAUCAAACACCGGCUCAAACAACGACCAAGGCUGUCCAGUCGAAGGUGUUACCUCAGAAGAGGCAGAAACCAACGAAGGACAACAAAAGUGUCUUCAACAGGAUCAAGCCGGCGACUGUGUUCUCGCGAUUAGGAUCGUCUUCAGGAGGCAACGACACAAUUCCAGCGACCGAGAAGGUGUUCCAAACGGGCGUCUUGGUUCCCGACAAAUUCCGUCCACGGCCGCCGAGGAACCAGUCAAGGAUGAAAGUUGAUAAUGUCGAGAGACCAGUGCCUGUUACUUUUGUCCAAGAGGACGACUCUGUGACGGGGAACAGCGGAUCGAUUGAAGAUAGCUCCUUUCCCGUGGACUUCAAGCGUAGAGUUGUGAGCAGCAAUGUUUCUUCUGCUCCUCAGUUGAAGAGGCGGAAGAUUGUUCGUCCAGAGGGUCUCGGGUGCUCGUCAGGGAAUACCGCAAGCUUGAAGGGGCAGGAGGCACAGGGAUCAGUAGAGGUGAUGUCUCUCAGCUAGGACGAAGAGGCUCCCAUCGGACAACAAGUGGUGACGAGACC